AAAGGACGACGCCCCACCCACCCCGCACCAGAGAGCAGCAACAGAAAACUCGGCAACAUGCUGGGCGAAUCGUAUGUGAUAAAGUUUGUGAAGCGCCAGCUGCUGAUGGAGCAGCAGGAUGCCCAGAAUAUGCUGCUCUUCUCGCUGAGCUUCCUCACGCUGAUCAAGCUGCUCCAGUGGCUGCUGCGCCUGUAUCGGGAGCUGCGCAAGCUGCCGCCCGGCCCCUGGGGCCUGCCGGUCAUCGGCUAUCUGCUGUUCAUGGGCAACGAGAAGCACACGCGCUUCAUGGAGCUGGCCACCAGGUACGGCAGCCUCUUCUCCACCCGCCUCGGCAGCCAGCUGACGGUCGUCAUGAGUGACUACAAAAUGAUACGCGAGUGCUUUCGCCGCGAGGAGUUCACAGGACGACCGGACACGCCGUUCAUGCAAACGCUCAACGGUUACGGCAUCAUCAAUAGCACCGGCAAACUGUGGAAGGAUCAGCGUCGCUUUCUGCACGACAAGUUGCGCCAGUUCGGCAUGACCUACAUGGGCAACGGCAAGCAGCAGAUGCAGAAGCGCAUCAUGACGGAGGUGCACGAGUUCAUUGGGCAUUUGCAUGCGAGCGACGGACAGCCGAUUGACAUGUCGCCGGUCAUCUCGGUGGCUGUGAGCAAUGUGAUUUGCAGCCUGAUGAUGUCGACGCGUUUCAGCAUCGACGAUCCCAAGUUCAGGCGCUUCAACUUUCUGAUCGAGGAGGGCAUGCGGCUGUUUGGCGAGAUUCAUACCGUCGACUAUAUACCGACGCUGCAGUGCUUCCCCAGCAUCUCGACGGCCAAGAACAAGAUCGCCCAGAAUCGUGCCGAGAUGCAGAAAUUCUACCGUGACGUCAUCGAUGAGCACAAGCGCAGCUUCGAUCCCAGCAAUGUGCGCGAUCUGGUCGACUACUAUCUGUGCGAGAUCGAGAAGGCCAAGGCCGAAGGCACCGAUGCGGAACUCUUUGACGGCAAGGAUCAUGAGGAGCAGCUGGUUCAGGUGAUCAUCGAUCUGUUCUCGGCGGGCAUGGAGACGAUCAAGACGACGCUGCUGUGGAUAAACGUGUUCAUGCUGCGCAAUCCCAAGGAGAUGCGACGCGUCCAGGACGAGCUCGAUCAGGUUGUGGGUCGCCAUCGUCUGCCCACCAUCGAGGAUCUGCAGUAUCUGCCAGUCACUGAGUCGACGAUACUCGAGUCGAUGCGCCGCUCCAGCAUCGUGCCAUUGGCCACCACACACUCGCCCACAAGAGAUGUACAACUGAAUGGCUAUACCAUACCGGCCGGCUCGCACGUCAUACCGCUGAUCAACAGCGUACACAUGGACCCCAAUCUGUGGGAGAAGCCGGAGGAGUUCCGCCCAUCGCGCUUCAUCGAUACGGAGGGCAAGGUGCGCAAGCCGGAAUACUUUAUACCCUUCGGUGUGGGCCGACGCAUGUGCCUGGGCGAUGUGCUGGCGCGCAUGGAGCUCUUCCUGUUCUUCGCCUCGUUCAUGCACUGCUUCGACAUUGCGCUGCCCGAGGGCCAGCCGCUGCCCAGCCUGAAGGGCAAUGUGGGCGCCACCAUAACGCCCGAGUCCUUCAAGGUCUGCCUCAAGCGUCGCCCCCUGGCGCCCACGGCCAGCGAGCCGCAUCAAGUGCGCAAUGUGGGCGCCAACUGAGCCCCAACUGGGCGGGGCUCAACAGAGCACGGUUUUGUUCCUACACAAGUUUUUUUUUUUAUUAUCAUUAUUAUUAUUAUUAUUAUU